AUGUCAUUUGCUAAUCAAACACCUACGAUCGUCGUGUUGAAAGAAGGGACCGAUUCCUCGCAAGGUAAGGGACAAAUCAUCAAUAAUAUCAAUGCCUGCUUGGCCAUCCAAGACACCUUGAAACCAACUUUGGGACCGUUCGGUUCAGACAUUUUAAUUGUUUCUUCCAGCGGUAGAACCACAAUUUCCAAUGAUGGUGCUACAAUUUUGAAGUUGUUGGAUGUUGUGCACCCGGCCGCUAAGAUGUUGGUGGAUAUCUCUAGAGCUCAAGAUGCUGAAGUCGGAGACGGUACCACCUCGGUCACCAUAUUGGCAGGUGAGUUGUUGAAAGAAUCCAAAACCUUCAUUGAAGACGGAAUCAAUUCACAUUUAAUUAUCAAGGGGUUGAGAAAGGCCUCUGAUUUGGCUGUUAGUAAGAUUAGAGAGUUGGCAGUGGAAAUCCCCAAGAAGGAGAACGAUUUGGAAUUCCGCCAAUUGUUAGAGAGAUGUGCCACCACCGCUAUGUCAUCCAAGCUAAUUAGUAAGAAUUCCGAGUUCUUCACCAAAAUGGUAGUUGACUCAGUUCUCACUUUAGAUCAAGACGAUUUAGAUGAAAACUUGAUCGGAAUCAAGAAGGUACCGGGUGGAGCUAUGGAAGACUCUAAAUUCAUCAAUGGGGUGGCAUUCAAGAAGACAUUUUCAUACGCUGGGUUUGAGCAACAGCCCAAGUCUUUCACCAAUCCUAAGAUUCUUUCCCUUAACGUGGAGUUGGAAUUGAAGGCUGAAAAGGAUAACGCUGAAGUCAGAGUACAACAAGUUAAGGAUUAUCAAGAUAUUGUAGAUGCAGAAUGGAAAAUCAUUUUCUCCAAGUUGGAGGCUAUCAAGGACAGUGGUGCCAACAUAGUCUUAUCUAAACUACCAAUUGGGGACUUGGCUACUCAAUACUUUGCUGAUAGAGAUAUAUUUUGCGCAGGUAGAGUAUCAUCUGAAGAUUUAGAUAGAGUUAUCAAGGCAGUUGGUGGAUCUAUUCAAUCCACGUGUUCCAAUAUCAACGCGGAAGAAGAUUUAGGAACCUGUGAAGUAUUUGAAGAACAGCAAAUCGGUUCUGAGAGGUAUAACAUCUUCAAGGGAUGCCCACAAGCUAAGACAUGUACAUUAAUUUUGAGAGGUGGAGCGGAGCAAGUUAUUGCUGAAGUGGAAAGAUCAUUGCACGAUGCUAUAAUGAUUGUUAAGAGAGCUGUUACUCACAACUCAGUUGUGGCAGGAGGUGGUGCCAUUGAGAUGGAGUUAUCUAAAUACUUAAGAGAUUACGCAAAGACUGUCGCUGGUAAGCAACAGUUAAUCAUAAGUGCCUUUGCCAAGGCAUUAGAAGUUAUCCCUAGACAAUUGUGUGAGAACGCCGGCUUAGAUGGGAUUGAUAUCUUAAAUAAAUUAAGACUGUGUCAUGCUAAGGGAGAAACCUGGUACGGUGUUGAUUUCCAAAAGGAAGCAGUGGGUAAUAAUAUGACCAGUUUCAUUUGGGAGCCAUCUUUAGUCAAGAUCAAUGCCAUUCAGUCUGCCACUGAGGCCGCUACUUUGUUAUUGAGUGUGGAUGAAACCAUCAAAAACGAGGACAAGAGUGAGCAAGCUGGUGGAAGAGGAGCUGGUGCAUAUUAA